AUGAGUGUGAAGUUGGGAGUUGGAAGUAAGGCUCUAAAUGUGGUUUGCGCAUACGCUCCACAAGUGGGAUGUACUGAGGAAGAGAAGGAAGAGUUCUGGAGACAUCUGGACGAAGAAAUACAGUCGAUAUCGCAGGAGGAAAGAGUGUUUCUGCGAGGGAACUUGAAUGGGCACAUCGGAGCAGAAAGAGGGGUAAUGCCCAGGGGACACGGUGGAUGGGGUGUAGAAGAGAGAAACGGAGAAGGUGAGAGCAUCAUAGACUUCGCAUUGGCAAACGAGAUAGCAAUAGUAAACACUUUCUUUAAAAAGACGCCUGACCAGUAUAUCACCUACAAAAGUGGAGCCAGAGAAAGUCAAAUUGACUUUCUCUUGUGCAGAAGAAACCAUCUUGGAGAAGUGAAAAAUUGUAAGGUGAUAAAGGGAGAAAGUGUUUCAGCUCAACACCGGCUUGUAGUACUAGAUUGCGGAGUCAAAGGUGCCAAGAGAGGAAAACAGCGAGGAGUACCGAAAAUCAAAUGGUGGAAACUGGAGGAGAAACAACUAAAAGCGCAAGGCUACAAAACUAGGCUUCUGCGGGAAAUUGAACCCUGA